UUCUAUUGUAAUUCAGUGCUCUGCUUGAGUUUCUUAUUUCGUGUCGUUAUCAAUGCUCCUCUCUUGUUUUUCUUUUCUUUUUUAAACCAGGCCACCGUCCGAUUCCAAAGCUGAUGAUCCCACUCAAACAGACUAUCCUCGCACGUUCCAGUUAUUUGGGAACGCACCUUUAAUGGCGUCGUCUCCUAAUCCAUCCUUGGAGAUAAAAGCCCCUGCAUCGCCACUACCGGAGCGGCAUCCUCUUCAUCUGGAUGCUAGUGCCCCAUCGUUUAUUCCACAGCGAACAAUAGCCCGAUUUGAUCCAUUCAACACGAGAGAAAAUCUUGACGACGACCAACGAGGGAAUUGUCACCAAGACAGCAGCAGCAGCUGUAUCAAUGAUGCUGUUGUUGCUGACAACGACGAAAAUGUCGACGACGAUGAUGCUGUACUUAGCACCCAUCUCCUUAAUGCCCAGUUAUUAAAUGAUUUUGAUAUCGAUGACAUGACUACCCCUUCCUCCACUACUCACGCCCCCAUCACCACUCCUACUCGUCCGCCCACCUCUAGCAUCAUGUCUACGGCAACCCUGAGUCCGUGGAACGGCAGUAGCUCUUCUUGGAUUCCCGCACCGCCUGAGUCAACCAUGAAGAGUAUCUGGGGGAACGACAGUAACAACAAUAACAAUAGCAAUGAUGUCGCUAAUGGUGAAGAAUGGUGGGAUCGGUUCGAACCCUACUCCCGCGAGGAUGAAAAAGAAUUUGAUCCGACUCUGCAGUAUUACCAUGGGGCAUUGCUCGACACGGAUACCAUCCAUGAUAUUAACAAGCUAUCGUUGACGGAUCCAUCUUUUGAAGAGUCGCAGGUGGAUAAUGUGGGUGAGGACAUGUCUGCUUUGCAGAUGCUCGAGUCGAUUUUCACGGAUUUGAGCGAAGCAGAAUUGACAGCAACACUUGAGGAGCAUGGCUAUGAUCUGGACAGGGCCACCGAAUCAUUAUUUGAUCGCAAACAGCAGGUGGCGCAAGCACAGAACCAACAACAACAACAGCACGUGUCACCACCACCAAAUCUAUCGAGAAAGAGACAGGUGUGUCGACAUUUUCUUGCAGGUGAAUGUUAUCGGAAAGACUGUUGGUUUGCGCAUGAUCUUCAAGUCAAAGUGUGUAAAUUCUGGUUACAAGGCUCAUGUUUGAAAGGUGAUUAUUGCGAGUUCUCCCAUCAUAUCGAUGUCAUUGAAGUAGCCAACAAGAUCAACAGCCAAAAGAAUCACCAGUCGACUGCUGCCAAACCUAUUCGCUUUGACGAAUCCGAAUACCCGGGACUACAGAGCCAAAAACCUAAGAAGUCCAUUUCACCCACGACGCCAAGCAAAAAUAACAUGACUAACAAACCCGUUAUCGAGAAGAAGCUUGAGCAGGAGGAUUUCCCAUCUCUCUCUGCAUCUGCCAAAGUCCGUACUCCGACAUCUUCAUCCACUACUGCUGCUCCUGCAACUACAACAAAGCCUGCCAACUUUGCUGAGAUCGCCAAACGAAAGGCCACUGGAAGCAAUAAGUCGAAACCUGUGAAUGCCAAAAAGAUGGGCUUGUCAAUGUCCGAAAGCCGUCUGACGCAACAGUUGAAGAAGCCUGUCAGUAUUCCGUGGCUGAUUACAGGUAGCGCGCUGAAUAAGGAGUAUCUCAAACAGAGAGAACAAGCGAUCAACUACGGCAUGCUGCGGAACCGGUUCUUUAGUCGAGCCACUGCAUUUUAUUUACAAGGCGAUGGUGCAAAAGCUAAAGCGUAUUCAAAUGAAGCCAAGUAUUACAACAGGCUCAUGCAGGAAAUGCAUACAGAAGCCAGUCAACGCAUCUUUGAGCAACGAAAUCAACAUGAGGCCUUUAUUGACUUGCAUGGACUCCACACCGACGAGGCUCUGGAUAUGAUUGAAGAACGUCUGUACAAACUCAAAAACUAUCAAGGCAUUGUUUACAUCAUCACGGGAACAGGGCAUCAUUCAGGUGCACACAGUAGUAAACAAAGCAAACUCAAGCCUAGCGUAGACGAGUUUUUGCAGCAACAAAACUAUCGCUUUGCAGAAACAAGUAUAGUUGGGGAUAACAAGGGAGGCAUCUUUGCAGUGGACCUCGCUUCAUGUCAUCUUCAGCGAUCAUGAUAUUCAAUA